AUGGCCAAGCUGACUAGGAUCGUGAAGAAGAUCCUACUGAAGGACGCCCCCGAGCGUGACGCUCGCCGACCAGAGCCAGCGCCUCCGCCUUCGGUCGAAUCCCUCGCCACCCGCGGCUUGGCGCAGCCAACUGUCGACUUCAGCAACUUGCCGAUCAUAGACGACCACGAGUUGCAGAUGCGCGCUAAGGCGAAGUCUUUGGUGAAGGUGAGCCGUAAGGGCUCGGGUAUCGCAAAGGAGCGCACUACCGCUUCUAAGUUCAAAACUACUGUCGUGCGUCCCAAGGUGAAGAACGCUGGCGCAUCCUCCAAAGCGGUUCUACCUGCGCCAGCCGAGGCCGCCGACUCGGAUUCCGACGCUCCACUCCCCGUUAAAAAAUCGGCCGGUGGCGCGAAGCAGGCCACGAAGACCAAGGCUAAGGCCGCAGCGCCCAGCACCAGGGUCAUCAAGAGCGAUUCACGAGGAAAGCGCAAGCGUGAAGCCCGCAAGGAGAUGUGGCGUCGAAAGUACGACUUCUCCAACGAGGCCAAGCGGCUCGUCACCGCAUUCCACGACGAGGACAAGCACGGACCCGCGCUGGCCAACCUUUCCGGCCUGAAGGGUGAGGUAUCGUCCCUAGAACGGAUGAUGCAGAGCGCACCUCCGGCGGCGCGCGAAUCUGCGAAGCCCAGCAGCAAGCGCCUGCUGCGUGCUAAGAUAAGGAACAAGGCGAUGCUGCAGGCCGCUAUGAAGAACACAUAA